CGCUCCGUAGGCAAGGAUGUACUGGAACAGAAGGCACAAAGAGACUUCGGAUUGCGAUUGGUUCGCACGUGGUGUUCCCGGAACUCAGUGAGCGCCGCGCGAAGGCUGAAGGGAGUGGGGCGAUCGGACUGUGUUGUGCAGCGGGCCCCACCGGCUACCGGGAGCGCCGACAUGCCUCGGUAUGCGCAGCUGGUCAUGGGCCCGGCAGGCAGCGGGAAGAGCACCUACUGUGCCACCAUGGUCCAGCACUGUGAAGCCCUCAAUCGGUCUGUGCAAGUUGUGAACCUAGAUCCUGCAGCAGAACACUUCAACUAUUCCGUGAUGGCUGACAUCCGGGAACUGAUUGAGGUGGAUGAUGUCAUGGAGGAUGACUCUCUGCGGUUUGGUCCCAAUGGAGGAUUGGUAUUUUGCAUGGAGUACUUUGCCAAUAAUUUUGACUGGCUAGAGAACUGUCUUGGCCACGUAGAGGACGACUAUAUCCUUUUUGACUGUCCAGGUCAGAUUGAGUUGUACACGCACCUGCCCGUGAUGAAACAGCUGGUCCAACAGCUGGAACAGUGGGAGUUCCGAGUCUGUGGAGUUUUUCUCGUUGAUUCUCAGUUCAUGGUGGAGUCGUUCAAGUUUAUUUCUGGCAUCUUGGCAGCCCUGAGUGCUAUGAUCUCUCUAGAAAUUCCACAAGUUAACAUCAUGACAAAAAUGGAUCUGCUGAGCAAGAAAGCUAAAAAGGAAAUUGAAAAGUUUCUAGACCCAGACAUGUAUUCUUUAUUAGACGAUUCCGCAAGUGACUUAAGAAGCAAAAAAUUCAAAAAAUUGACUAAAGCUAUAUGUGGACUGAUUGAUGACUACAGCAUGGUUCGAUUUUUGCCUUACGAUCAGUCGGAUGAAGAAAGCAUGAACAUUGUGUUACAGCAUAUUGAUUUUGCCAUUCAGUAUGGAGAAGACUUAGAAUUCAAAGAACCGAAGGAACAUGAAGAUGACUCUUCUUCUAUGUUUGAUGAAUAUUUUCAAGGACACCAGAAGGAAUGAAGAAUUUAUCAGAGUAACUAUAUACGUGAAGCACUUGCUACUGAACCAAGACAUUCUUCUCUUAGAAGGAUGCGAUACCAGAAGGCUGCUUAUUUUAAUGAAAAAAGCAAUACUUGGCUCUUUAUCAGCAGCAUGCCUGAGUCAAAUUCUAGUUAUUUUGAAAUGGCUGGUGUUUCAAGUGGAAUCUUUUAGUAUUAUUUUAACAACAUCAAUUUAGAUUUUAAAUGUUGAAAUUGACAUGAAUGCACAUAGACUUGUAUAUAAUACAAAUGAGCAUCUGUGGUACAGUUAGGACCCAGUCUGCCUUUAUUUUUACUAUUUGAUUUUUAUUAUUUUUGAAGGUGUUUUGGAGAGGCAGGAAUUAUUGUAACAAAAUAUACACAUCUGUGUCCAAAGGAAAAAAAUCUGGAAGGACAUAGUUAAGACCAUUGCUUAUCUGCAUGUCUGAGUUUUCUUACAUUGAAAAUGUAUCAUUUGUGUAAUUAAAAAAUGAAAAGUAAAUGUUUUAAAAUAUAUAUAUGUAGGGGCGCCUGGGUGGCUCAGUC